CUUCUAUUAACUACCGCUGGGUGCGCACACAAGGAGGGAUUGGUCGUAAAUGAAAAUAUUGUAAAACGUGAACAGGACAUUAUCAAUCAACGAACCACUGGAGGAGCGAGUCGAAACAAAAGACCACUGCAGAUGUAUUCGCUGUUGUUCACUUGCUUGACUGUUUCUUAAGUUUAAAAUCUGAGAUUCUGCAGUUGUUUUUAUUUCGUAAAGCAUGAUGAACUCUCCACCGACCCAAGUCCCCCCGACCAGUGUCCUGUACAAGCUGGACAAGGUGGCGUAUAGCACCCCUCCGCCUGUCAGCUCCGACCCGGCCAACAAUGAGUGCAAACUUAUCGAGUACAGGGGUGCUAAAGUGGCUAGCUUCAACAUCGCUGGCGAUGUGAUGAUCUGUCUGCCCCAAGCCUUUGAUCUGUUUUUAAGACAUCUUGUUGGUGGGCUGCAUACAGUUUACACCAAACUGAAACGUCUGAACAUUAUUCCAGUGGUAUGCAACGUGGAGCAGGUUCGAAUCUUGAGGGGCUUGGGAGCCAUUCAACCCGGAGUCAAUCGCUGUAAACUUCUCACAAGAAAAGAGUUCGACAUUUUGUAUGAAGAUUGUACAACGGCAAGGUAA